CUCCGCGGCGGGACGUGUCUGAACCAGCCCGGGGUGGGGCUACCUCUGACGGGGAAAGAAGACUCGCAUUUACCGCAGCAGAAGGGAAAGUAAAAGCAUCAGAUUUACAGGUCCCAAGUCCCACCGAACUUUAACGUGGUCCUGAGAAGAUCCUACAAACUGGUUGAGUGAUGCAAUGACCAUGUCGGACUACGCUUUUAUCGGUGCAGUUUGCGGCUCCAUUUUUCAGAUAGUUUUGUGUGUGGGGGUCAUCAGCGGCUGUGUGUCCCUGUGCUGCUGGUGCCACAAAAGGUGUCGGAGGAGACGUCGGCCUCAAAAUGGGGUGAAUGUCAUAUAUGUCCCUGCUCCAGUGCCCCCUGAAGGCUUUCAUCCAUCUUUACCAAACUACUAUCCUCCUGUUUCACCUCCAAACAUUGGCCUACCCAUACCCACUGCACCACCACCAUCGUACCAGGAAGCCACUUCCACUGGGCCCUUUUCUCCUGACGUUUCUCAAAGACCACCAAUGUACCCCACCCAUCCUCCACUGGACCAAAUCUCACAACAGCCUUAUAAUCCUGAGUAUUCUCUCCCCAAAUACGACCACAGAUGAGCCUCUAUAUGACCACUGCUUUAUGUAUUCUGCUGCUUAUACCAAAAACAAUCAUGAAAAUUCCACUAUGUCUAGAUCAGUGCCUCUCAAACAAGUUAAGACCAGUUUUAGGCCUUGUUUAGUUUUUCUUUUAGUUUUUUUUUUUUUAGUUUAGGGCAUUUUGUGAAGCCAAACCUACCAACACCCUAAUUGAUGAAAAAUGUUUGAGAUGCACUGGGCUACUUUUACACUUGUGCCAUUUUAUGCACGGCCACUAGAUGUUGCUGUUCUAUAUCUAUAUAUAUUUUUACAUUUAAAAUGGUUUGUAUUGGUUUUUACUGCUACUAUUGAAG